AUGGCCGGGGGCGCCUGGGCUGGGCGCACCGAAGGGAGGGAAAGAAAGAGGGUGGGAAGGAAGGAAGGAAGGCGGCGCGCAGGAGCCCCCGGCGGCGGCAACAGCAGCAGCAAAAGCGCGCACUCCCUCCGGCCGCCGGCAACCACUCGCAGCCAGGCGCCCGCCUGCCUUUGCCGGCCGGUGGGGGGAGCCGCGCCUUUUAAGGCCGCCUCGGAGGCGGGGCGGGAGGCGAGGGCCCGACCUCCCUCUUGCCUGCCUGCCUGCCUUCCCUCCCUCGGCCGCCCUUGCCUGGCUGCGCCAAAGCUGGGGCCCCGCGUGGCCUCCCGCGCUCCCCAAGCCAAACUGGCCCCCCUGCCACCGCCCUGCUCCAGCCCCAGCCCGACGUGCCCUGCAACUGCCAGCCGACCUCGAGAGCAAAGCCCGGGCGAGGAAGCAAGCCCAGCCCGGCGGGAAAGAGGCUCGCGUGCUUCGGGCCGCGGCUUGCAAGAGUCCUAUCAGUGUGCGGGGCUGGCUGCUUGGCGCGAAGUUGUUUUGGAGCGCCGGGGAGGCUCCGCGCGCGUCCUGCUGCCCGCCCGGGCUCGCCUCCUCCGUUGCUUCGCGCGCCUGGCCAAAAGUUCGCAGCAGCAGCAGCAUCCCGAAAGCAAGGCGGCAUGUCGGAGGAACCUCCAGCCGGCGGGAGGGGAGAGGAGGCGGAGCGCGGGCGGCGGCAGCCCGGAGGCGCUUGAGAGGGUGGAGAGGGGAGGAAGGCGCGGCGGGGGAGACUCCAGCGCCGGAGGCAGCAGCGGACGCGGCUCGGGGAGGGGGCAGAGGAAGGAAGCCGGCCGGAGGAGCUGGCCCCCCGCCCAGCGAUGGAAGAGAUGGGCAGCCGUGUUGGUUUGCCAACAUCGAGACCAAGAUUCGAGUCCAGCGGGUGUGAAGGAGGAGCUUCCCGAGAAACCAAAAUGUGCAUCUACCGCAGACAAGGUGGGCUGGAUAAAAAAGAAUAGCGGAGGGAUCUUGGGACUCUGGAAAGAACGGUACAUCCUGCUCUGCAAAAGUCAGCUCUUGAUGUAUGAAGAUGAGGACGAGCAGAAGUGCGUGGAAACCGUGGAGCUGGAAAAUUAUGAGAAAUGCCAAGACUUGCGGGCUCUCUUGAACAGGAAACAUCGCUUCAUUUUAAUUCGCUCUCCGGGUUACAAGGUGCAAGAUAUCAAAUUUCAGGCCGGCCGUAAGGAAGAAAAGGAGUUGUGGAUGAAAGCCCUCAAUGAAGGCAUCAACCGAGGCAAAAACCGGAUCUUUGAUGAGGUGAAAGUGGACAAAAGCCUGUGUCUGGAGCAUGUGACCCGAGGGAGAGCCAAAAUGGGGCAAGGACGCCGUCCCCCAACCAGAAGCCAUCUAAAAGAGGUUGCCAACACUGUGUCUGAUGGAAUCCUGAGACUAGACUUGGACGUACCAGACAGCGGACCUCCGAAUGCCACCUUGGUAACAAGCGACACCGCUAAUGUGGCUCCCAAGGAACCCGUCAAGCCGCCCAUGCCUCCGGCUAAACCACCCACCGAGAAGCUGAAUCCAGAACCAACGUCCAAGGAUCUGGAAGCCAAGAACCCUCCGAUGCCUCCUGCUAAGAACAUUAAAGAAACGGAAGCCCCCAUUGACAGUUUGAGCGUUGCGGAAGGUGACGGGGGCGUUCCAGUUGAAAAUGCCGAAGAAACCAAAGUUGGCCCUCAGGUGGAGCGUUUGGUGGAAGCCGGCGAAGAAACUCCCCAAGCUCCCGUGCCUCCCCCAAAGAUAUUAUCUGAUAAGAUGAAGGUAUCGUGGGAUGAUCCAGCUACUGAGUUGCCAGUUGUCAAUAACGGGAACCUGCCUGCGGCCGGCAGCAAAGAGAACCUCCGCGAAGAUGCCAAGGAGGCGGGCAGACCUCCAACUCCUCCCCCUAAAAUCCUGUCAAAGAAGUUGAGAGCCAGCAUGAAUUCCAAACGGGGGAGCUCCGAGGUCGACACUUCUGAAGAUGACCAGAGACCUGAUGAAUGGAAUUCCCCAGUGAAUGGAACGAAUGGUGAAGGAGUUACAGGGUCGCCUCCUGAGCAGCGGGACUUUGAACCCCCAGAAGAGGAGCUCUUUUUUCAGGAGCAGAGAGAAAAUUCCUCGGCACGAGAAGCUAAGAAGGAGAGCUCGAGCCUUCCGGCGAAGGAUCAGGCGCUGUUGUUGGAGCCCGUGGGAAACUCUCCUCCUCCUAAGACUCGGUCAUCCUCCGUGGGGGACCUGCUGACGGAACCGAGAGAGAAGCCCCGCCUGGGGCAGGGUUUCCGGCAGGGAGCGGCCCUCCCCCUCUGCCAGAUGGAAAGGAAGGUGGCCUACGAACGGGAGAUAACAGAGCGGCUGCUGCAGCAGGUGCUGAGCGAGCAGCCCCCUGCGGGGAACGGGCCGCCGACGGACAGAGAGGCGCUGCUCAGCGAGGCGGUGGAACGGCUCCGGCAGGCCACGCAGGUCUUGCAAGAGAGCAAAGGCUCCGAAGAGCUGCAGAGGGAGCCCGGGGAGAAGGUCAAAGGGGUGCCGAAGGAUCUUGCGACUCUUUAUAGAAGAAGUGCACCCUGA